GUGUGGUGCUCUACACGCGCCCACAUACACGCUCAAAGAUACACGCACAUACGCGUUGAACGCUCUAGCCUUUCACUCGAGGAUAGUAUAAAAAGAAUAAAUGAGGGAGGAGGAGAUAAUUUUCAGCAGCACAAAAUCGACUUAGUGUCAACGAGCUCUUACGCAUCGAAAGAAAAACCUACUUAAGUAUCCUACUUCCCACCCCACCCCACCCCUUAGUUACCUAAAACGCCUUUAAAACCUCUUACAAAGAAUAUUUAGUACUCACGGAGCUUAACUAUUAUUACUGCUCUCUCCCCAGUGUUAAACUCUCUCUCGCUGAACCCUUUUUUUCCCCGCUUUACUUAUUUUGUUUUUCUCUGGGUUUCAUCGUAGUAAUGGGUCAAAGGCACCCAACGCAACGGCAUCGGAAGCGCCAGCCCGGCGACGGUGGCCGGCAGUUCAGUGAUGAUGACGAUGCUUACAAGACAAGUGCCAUGCCUGUGGCUCUGCCGCCGAUUGCGCCGGUAGUCGAUCGCGCCGCGGGUCGCACAAAGAUGGAUCGUGUGGACGUGCAUUCGGACAGCAGUUGUGCCCAUCCUCACUCGUCUAGCACUCGCCCGGUCGCUAACGAUCCUGUCGUCUCUUUUGGCGCAGCCAGUCCUGCCGCUGCGGAAGGAGUUGCGGCUCCUAUCAAGGCGCCUGCGCCCCCUCCGCAUAAAACAAAGCCUGUUCGUCCGCACGAAACGAACUCGAUCAACCCACGCAACCCAACACCCGUCAACCCGCACGACUUGCGAGGCGUGAACCGGCACUGGCGCGUUCCACCGGUCACGUCCGACACGCAGCUUCCGCCCAUCGUGCAGAUGCGCAAGGUCCACGCCCCUCGGAAAGGUAUUCUUCCGCCACUGGAGUUUUCGUCCGAGCCAACGACGCCUUCGUCUCCGCCUCCUCCUCCGGCACCACCAAACGAAGCCAAAAAUUUCACGGAGGCAGAGAUCAAAGACAUGCUCGCCACGGAUCCGAAUCGCGUGGUUGUGAUCAUCAAGAAGAACGUCUACGACGUGACGACGUUCGUCGAGGCGCACCCGGGAGGGCCGUCGGUGCUGCGCCACAACCGCGGCAAAGACAUCACCGAUACCUUCGCGAUGAUGCACGGCCCGCAGGUUGCAGGCAGGUUGCCGGAGUUUUUGUUGGGGAGGCUGGUGACGGAGGCGGAGGAGCGCAGCCCGCGUGCUACGGCGGCGGCCGCCACCGCCAAAGACGAGCCCGCUGCGUCAUCGCUGCUCUCGCUCGACUCAAUCCGCCAAAUGCUCCAGAACGAUCCUCAGCGUCUCAUCCUCGUCAUGUUCGGCGAUGCGUACGACGUCACCCCGAUGCGCAACGCCCACCCUGGCGGUCUCCGUAUCCUGCUGAACCACAACGGUAAAGAGUGCGGUGACAUCUUCAUGCGGGUCCACGGCCUGCACGCCAAGAAGCAGGCCCAUCAGUACCUCAUGGGUCGCAUUGCCGAGGCGGGCGAUGCACCGUCGCCGCUGCUGCGCUUCGCAGAACCGCAGGCGAGUGCGAAGUCAAAAGACGGCGUGCCCGCCGAGUCAGCCAUGCAGUCAACGCGCAUCUUAGAGAAGGAGAUGAUGAACGACGCCGGCACGCUGCAGUGCUUUACGUUCUCAUGUCCGCUGCGUCUGCGCCUCACCCCUGCCGGACACGUAAAGAUAUACAGCGACGUCGAGCGCGACGAGUGGCGCUACUACACCCCAUUUAAGUCCGAGGUGGCGAGCUUCAAGAUCUGCGUCAAGCUCCACCCGCACGGCCGGACUUCCAAAUACCUUUUUGAUCAGCCCGAGGGCAAGGAGCUUUUCUAUGAAGGGCCCUUUCCGCCAGCCUGGGAACUGAGAAUGGACGCGUACGUGCGGACGGUGAAGCUGGAACGCCGCCACAUCUUGCUGCUGGCCGGUGGCACCGGCAUCGCGCCGAUGUACGCCAUCGCUGCCAGUGAGCUGGAAAAGCAAUCCACAAGUGUGACACUGGUGUGUUCUGUACGGACGCCCGAUGACCUCAUACUCGUAGACGAGAUUAAUGAGCUGGCGACGCGAUACGUUGGGCCACUGCCGGGUCAGCCUCACCAGCUCCGCGUGGCGCUAAUUUUUUCCCGCCUCCCGAAGAACCUUUCUCAGCCGCCGUCACCGCUGCGAUAUACAAAGCUCGUGCGGUGCGGCACGCACAUCACUGUUGACUUUCUCAAAGCGCUGGAAUUGCCGCCCGCACAGGCGGCGGUGCUGAGUGGCCCUCCCGCCUUCAACGACACUCUGGCAGACGUAGUCUUGAAGGCGGGCAUCUGCCCUGCAGAGGGCGUCCACACUCUGUGA